AUGUGCUUCUCCCAGAUGCAUGUGGAGUCGAACCAGACGCCGAGCGCAAUCAACGAGUUCAACUACGACCCGGAAGCAGGAAUAACGUUCGAAGUCUGGUUUGCCAAAUAUGAAGAUCUGUUCGAAGAAGACGCUCGAGCUCUAGACGGACCGGCCAAGGUUCGAUUGCUGCUUCGAAACCUCAGCACCGUAGCGCAUAAGAAGUAUGUGAGCUACAUCCUCCCGAAGAAGCCGAAGGAAGUGACUUUCGAUGAAACCAUCAAGACAUUGAAGUCCAUCUUCGGUCGUCAAACAUCGCUCUUCAAUCAACGUUACCAGUGUCUGCAACUCAAGAAGGAUCCGACCGACGACUACUUCACCUACGCUGGAGUUGUGAAUGAAAAGUGCGAAGAAUUCAAGCUCUCGGAAAUCAACGCGGACCAGUUCAAGUGUUUGAUGUUUGUUUCCGGCCUGAGUUCAAGCAAGGACUCGGAUGUUCAGACAACCCUUUUAUCGUGGAUCGAGAGUUCCAAUCCCGCUACGCCGAUGACCCUACGCUCACUAGCAGAGGAAUGCCAGAGACUCCUGAAUCUGAAACGAGACACCGGAGGAAAACAAACCGUUUGUGCAGUGAAGAAUUCAUCAAAACCGCAAUCCGAAAUUCCGAACACACCAUGUUGGAGAUGCGGCGACAUGCAUUAUUCGAAGAAUUGCCCAUACCUCCAGCAUGAGUGUAAAUCCUGCAAGAAAACUGGACACAAGGAAGGUUAUUGCUCCUGUUUCAAGCAAAAGGAUAGGAAGAAGAAGCGUCCAUUCAAGAAUAACGCUGUGGCUAAAGCACAAAGUCUGUACACCAUCAAUCAGGUCAGUAUCGCAGCCAGACGUAAGUUCGUGAACCUGGAGAUCAACGGACAUCCAGUACGACUACAACUAGACAGCGCAGCAGACAUCACCGUGAUUUCAUCGGACGUGUACAAACAAAUAGGCAGCCCCGUUGGAAGUUCAGCAUCCAUCAACGUUGUUAACGCAUCAGGUGAUGACAUGGGUCUCAUAGCUGAAUUUGAAUGUACCGUUACUUUGAACGACGUCGUGAAGCAAUGGAUCGAGCUGUUUGGAUUGUGGGACAUUCCGUUCAACGCAGUCUGCAAUCAAGUCUCCUCAAAAUCACAUCCAAAAUCGGAAGAACUUGUCCAGCGUCUACGAUCGAAGUUCAAGAACGUGUUCAGUGAAGACCUUGGAUUGUGCACUAAGAAGAAGGUAUGGCUGUCAGUCAAGCCAGGUACCAAGCCCGUAUUUCGUCCAAAGUGUCCAGUUGCGUAUACAUCAACAGAGAAGAUUGAAGCCGAGAUGGAUCGUCUACAAAGUUUGGGAAUCAUUUCGCCAAUUCCAUACUCCGAGUGGGCGGCUCCCAUCGUUGCUGUAUCAGGUAUCAGGUAUCAGUAG